AUGAUUAGGACGGUGUUGAGACGUUCAGCGUGCGCUCCUGCUUCUCUAAACGGUUUCAGACGCCUUGGAUCGGAGUUGCGUCCCGUGCAACGUUUUUAUUCAUCGAACAAUGCCGGCUCUCAGCCUAGCAACAGAGGUAAAAUCUUGGCUCUUCUUGGAGCAUUGGCCAUCGGUUCAACAAUUGCUUCUAUAACUAUUCAGAAAAAUGGGCCCGUUGAGUAUGUUGAGAAGGAGAAACCUGGUGAGAACAAGAACGAAAGCUCGCCUGGUCCAGCUUUUUCAGAAAAGGAAGUCUCCGUAAUAUUUGUCUUGGGAGGCCCCGGCGCUGGUAAGGGUACUCAGUGUGCGAACUUGGUCAAAGACCACCAUUUCGUACAUUUAUCUGCCGGCGAUCUCUUGCGUGCUGAACAAAACCGCGAGGGCUCAAAAUACGGUGAAAUGAUCAAACACUAUAUCAGGGAAGGCCAAAUCGUCCCUCAAGAAGUCACUGUUGCACUUUUACAGCAAGCAAUCCAAGAAAACUACGAUAAGGGCAACAAAAAAUUUCUCGUUGAUGGUUUUCCUAGAAAAAUGGACCAGGCUCUCACAUUCGAGGCCCAAAUUGUGCCCAGCAAAUUCACUCUGUUCUUCGACUGUCCUGAGAAAAUCAUGCUCAAACGCUUGCUCGAACGAGGAAGAACAAGCGGCAGAAGCGAUGAUAACGCUGAAUCUAUUAAAAAGAGAUUUGCCACUUUUCUGGACACCAGUAUGCCAGUAGUUAAACACUUCGAGAAACAAGACAAGGUCGUUACUGUAAGUUGUGAUGAUAGUGUUGAAAAGGUGUACGAUCAAGUUAAGGCUGCAAUCAAAGACAAGAUUGGACCUUGA